AUGGACAGCAAAAACAAAGGCCUCCGAAGGGACCUAGCAAAAUUCUUCGGGUCUGUGCGCAACUCGGAUUGCACCAUCAUCUUCUGUCGCGAUGAAAACGCUCCAAAGCGGCCGCGCCGUGAACUAAGCUAUGAAUCCACGGCUGCUGGGCCGUCCGAGGAACUCGCUGAAGAGAUUUUCGGCAACCCAAUUCCUGCUCACUGCAUGGUCCUGCGCCUUGCGUCAGAACGAUUCGCGGCGAAGCUGGAGCAGUGGCGUGAGGGCACCACUGUUCCUUCCGUCAGCUCCGAUUCCCCUGCACAAGAUUCAGUGCCGUCACCACCAGCAGACGCCCGGCCGCAGCUACGAAUCCCACUGGCCAGUCCGGACGAGGUCCCCAGCGCCCGUGCCGCCAUCCGAUUCGCAUACACGGGGGAAGUGGCAGCGGACAGCAUUCGGAAAGUCCUGGAAGUGCGGCGGCAGGCUAACAACUUGCAGAUGAGCGGUUGCGUCACUGCCUGCGAUGAGAUGCUGCUGCGCAAGCUGAGUGCCUCCGCUGGCCUAUCCCAGUACGCAGCCCCUACCGUAGCCGAUGAUGUCAAGAUUGCCCAGCUGAACGCAGCUGUGGACCUGCUGCACUGCCAGGUGUUGUGGCCGGACCUGGGCCAGACGCCAUCAUUCGCCCAAGUCGUCAACACCGCAAAGUCGCUCCUCGUAUCCCACUUCUGCGAUGCAGUACUCACUCUCAACACAGCAUCUCUCAGGAAGCAGAUGCUGGCGCUGCCUGCUGUUGCCGUGGAGGCGCUCCUCUCCUCAGACGACUUCGGCACCGACUGCGAGUCCACCAUUCUGCUGCUGCUGGCCACAUGGAUGAGGUGUAAUUACGAUAAGACCGACGACGAAUCCCGCCGGCGGCUUUGUCGUACCGUACGGCUAGCAUACCUCAGCCGGCCGUACCACAGCCUGAUCCUGCCAGCACUCGCGGCAGACUAUGAGCGCCUGGCGCCCUCCCUGGCGGCAUGGUUUCCUAUCACGGUCCUAGAAGCCGCUUUCGUCACGAACUUUGCCAGCGUUCCAUUUGUCGAGAGGAGAUACAUGCUCUCAGAAGCAGCACAAGGGAGGAGCUCGUGGGUGCUGGAAUCGCUGAGGGCUGUGCCCCGCCGCCAGUACCUUCCAGCUGGAUUAUUGGGGCUCACCUGUACCUGGCAUAUCCAAAUGCAGCGGCUGCAGGACGCGAUGGGCCCGCUGCAGGUGGCAGGGCGCGCGCAGAGCAUACCCGCCACUUUUGAUUGGGUCAAGCAGGACAUGUUGACCUGGCAGGGCCUUGAGUGGCGCGUGGGCAUCGUGCGAAAGUGUGGGGCGCCGACCUCGGGGCUGUAUCUGUUCUGCAAUCUGCCGUCCGCAUUCGAAGUGCCGGGGUCUCAACUCUGCGAGAUUAAUAACUUGCUGCCUACAUACGUUCCAGUGUCGGCACGGAUCAGGAUGCAGGGCGUUGUGCCCGAGCUCCCAAUCGACAAGCUGCCAUCCCCGCUGGCAACCCAUCACGCACGUGGCCCAGUGCAGCCCAUACAGCAGUCGUCGCCGCCGCCGCUGCCGGUGGCAUGCUCUAGGGACUGGCCACAGCUACUCAUUCCGCUGGGCGGCCCCGACGAGGUCCCCAGCGCCCGAGUCGCCAUCCAGUUCGCAUACACGGGGCAAGUGGCAGCGGACAGCAUUCGGGAAGUCCUGGAGAUACGGCGUCAGGGAGGCUACUUGCAGAUUUAUGGUUGUGUAGAAGCAUGCGACAGGGUGGUCCGAACGCAACUGAUGGCGGGCGCGACAGGCGAUUCCGGAGAAUUGUACGGAUUAAGUGGUGCCGGCGUUGGUGGUGACGGUCGUGGUGGAGUUGACGCCAACGGCCAGGCAAGUCAGAACUUCAGCAAUGGCAGCAGCAGCUCUUCCAGGGUCCAACAGGAGUCAGCCGCGCUGGAGCUGUUCGCGUGCGAAGCGCUGUGGCCGGACCUUGAUGCAGAGCCGGCCUUCGCCGCCCUCGUGGAAGCGGCCAAACCCCUUUUCAUCGCCCACUUCGGCGAUACAUUAAAAGCGCUUAAUUCACCACCUCUGAAGCAGCAGCUGUUAGAGCUGCCUCCUGCAGCACUGGGGGUCCUUCUAUCGUCAGACAGCUUUGGGACUGAUAGCGAAUCGUCCGUUCUGCUGCUACUGGGUAUGUGGAUGAGGGUCAACUGUGAAAAGAUUGACGCACAAAUCCGGGAACGGCUGUGCCGUACUGUACGACUUGCGCACCUCAGCCGACCGUACCUCACCCUGGUCCUGCCAGCACUCGCGGCGGACUACGAAAAGGACCCGGACGCACCCGCCGGCUGGUUCCCGAUCGACCCCAUGGUUGCAGCCUUUGUCGUUGGCUUCAUACACGCGCCCUUGCCGGAGAGGCGAAAACUUAUGGAAGCAAACGCACCCGGCCCGGCAUUUUCCUCUUCCCACUGGCUCCGGCCUGAACCCAGGCCUUUGUGCAUCCCGGACGAGGGCCUGGUCUUCCACUGGCAUAUUCCCCAACAGGAGCUGUUGGCGCAGCUGCAGCAGUUGCAGGCGCAGCCUGGCACGGCGCGGCGUUGCUACGCCACCUUUGAGUGCGGGGAGCUGAGCGUCGCCGCGUGGGGACUCUACUGGCGGGUCUCCCUGGCGAUUACUGGCGGCACGCCGGCGGCCGGGCUGUUCGUGUGGUGUGGCUUGCCUCUGGCGAUGUGCGCCCCCGGGUCUCGACUUGCGCUGAAGGACGGUCCGCGCGUGCUAACGCAGUUCGUUGCACGGCUGGUGGUGCACCGGCGGCAUCCCGGGCUGAGUAACGUGGAGGUGGGCUUUGGGCCGGAGGACCUUCUAGAGACGGAUGUUAAGCAGACGCCUCCUCUGCUUCGACUGCAGUCGGCACAGCACAUGGGGGCUAGAUCAAAAACGGAAUCCCCGGCUUCCUGUGGACAGCAGCAGGGGGCCCUUUCGGCUCACAGCGGUCUGCCCACCUUCUUCAUCCCCUUGGGCAGCCAGGCGGAAGUUCCCAGCGCUCGCGACGCCGUCCGCUUCGCCUAUACCGACGUUGAGGCGGAGCCCAGCUUUGCAACCGUCCUUAACACCGCGAAGCCGAUGUUGGUAUCCCACUUCAGUGACGCAUUGAAAACUCUAAACACAAUACCUUUGAAGCAGCAGCUGCUGGCGCUGCCUGCUGUCGCCGUGGAGGCGCUGCUCUCGUCAGACGAUUUCGGCACCGACUGCGAGUCCACCAUUCUGCUACUGCUGGCCACAUGGAUGGAGGCAAAUUAUGAUAAAACCGACGCCGAAUCCCGCCGGCGGCUUUGCCGUACCGUCCGAUUGGCUUUCCUUAGUCCACCGUAUCUCAGCCUUGUCUUGCCGGCGCUCGCGGCGGAUCACGAGAAGAGCCAAGACGGGCCCGCCGGCUGGUUCCCAGUCGACGUGAUGCAGGCAGCCUUCAUCGCCAAACUGACAGACCUUCCAGAAUGGGAACGCAAGGAGCUCGUUUUCUUGUCCGACCUUCCUGCGCACAUUUUUGUGGCCCUGUCGCUCUCGCGCCGACGCAUGUGCGUCCCAACCACCGGCCUCGUGUUCCCCUGGCACGUCCCGGAACAAGAGCUGCUGCUGUUGCGAAGCGACGCUGGAGCACUGUCACCCAGCUGCGCGCGGGCUACCACGGCUUGCACCUUUGCGGGUAACGUGAGCAGCUUUAUGGGUUACGGCUUCUCAUGGCGACUCUGUAUUCCGUUAGUGGGGGAGGAUAUGAACGCGGCGCUCAGCUUGCAUUGCGAGCUACCCGCAGCACUCGCUAUCCCUGGAUCUCGGCUCAGCAGGCCGUGCGGUUUGUGGACCCACGUGCCCGUGACUGCGGUGGCUUUGUAUCAUGGGUACUUGGUGUGGGAGGUCUGGUUUGGUGGCGCAGGCAGGAGUGUCCAAACUAAUGUAUUACGGGCCGAG